GCGUUCAGGUGGCGUCCCGCGGGGAGGUGUCAGAGGCGCCGCUCGCCCGGCGGCGACUCCGCCCCGGCGGGGCAGGGGCAGCGCGGCGGGCGCGGAUCCCGCCCCUUCCCCUGGUCCGCCGCCGAGGUCCGGGCAGGGGGAGGGAGAGGGCGGGCUCGGCCCCGGUCUGGCCCCGGUCCGGCCCCGGUCCGGCCCCUGUCCGGCGGUGCCGGGCGUUUCCGUUCCCCUCCCCUGCUCCGGCCGGGCUGGAAGUGCUGGGAGUAACGGGGGGACGCGCCGGGCACCGCCAGGAGCUACGAUGUGUGGCCAUCCCUGCUUCCCAAUAAAUGCAACAGCCCCGGGGAGUCGGUUUGGGGUUUUGAGUUCUCUUCCUCUUUGGUGCCGCCUGACAGUUCUGUACAGCACAGCGGCUGCCUGCGUGAACUUGUGCGUUAGUGUUGGAGCCUGCAUGAGUCCGCAGAAAAGAAAAAAAAGUAUAUUUCAGUAGGUGAAAAUCAAAGGAAGUAGCUGCUGACAUAGGAAACUGUACUAAAGGACAUUUCUGAAAGAAAACUUUUAAGAUGUGGUGAAGAGCCUGUAUUUUCCCCUGUCUGGUAUACAGUGCCUUAAAAAAUGGGGUUUGGAGGUGACCUGAAGUAUUCUCAUGAUGCUUUACUAAAACUGCAAGACUGGGAACUACGACUGCUGGAAACAGUGAAGAAAUUUAUGGUAAUGAGAGUAAAAAGUGAUAAAGAAUAUGCGUCCACUUUACAGAAUCUUUGUAACCAAGUAGAUAAAGAGAGCGCUUGUCAAUUGGAUUAUAUCAGCAAUGUGUCCAAGUCUUGGUUGCUCGUAGUACAGCAAACAGAACAGCUGAGCAAAAUAAUGAAGACACAUGCAGAGGAUCUUAAUUCUGGGCCCUUGCAUAGGCUUACAAUGAUGAUCAAAGAUAAGCAGCAAGUUAAGAAGAGUUUUGUAGGUGUUCAUCAACAAAUUGAAGCGGAGAUGUACAAGGUCACAAAGACAGAACUAGAGAAACUUAAAUCUAGCUACAGGCAACUAAUAAAAGAAGUAAAUUCUGCCAAAGAAAAGUAUAAAGAAGCUGUGGCUAAAGUUUUUCAGGAUUUCAAGAAUUAUUGAAAACAAAAGAAGAAACAAUGCUUACCAGAACAGUGGGAGGGCAUAACCAACUAUUGAAAAUAAGCUGAAAACCAUUUUGUUAAACAAAAAAAUGAAAAUCUUUUGACACCCGCUCUUGCAAGUAAUGUGCUAAAACAGCCCAUCCAGGUUCAUUUAUGUAAAAUGUUGUUUCAAACAGAGCCUGUUCCUCUGUAAGGGCUGUACAAGUCUGUAAGACAGUGACUGGCUUUGCCUCUCUGGAGCCAAAGGGGAAAACUGUCUUUUAGGACAUACAAUUUUAGCUUUACCCUGGGGGUUGCAUGUAAUGUCUUGCAGCACCUGUAUGAGCUGGUCCCUAGGAAAAGAAUGAAAAUCACACAAAGUAGUCUGACAAAUGUCUCUGUUUUACAAGAGUAGUGAUUUUGAAAUGUAGUAACUUUUUCUGCUUUGUUUUAGAAUAGCAAAGCCGCUUUCUGGUGAGAGAGUAGGUUUAUUAGAGCUACUAGUGAAAGAGGUACAAUUGGUUCUUCAGCUUGUGAAGACAAUUGCUUCCCAGUUUUCUGUUUGAGUUAUUAAAAGUGAUACUAAGCUCUGGACUAAACACACAUGGUAGAGGAUGUUAACUGAUAAGGGUGAAGGCUAGCAAAGUUUGUACAGUGAAAAGUGAUUUUAUGAUUUUCUGGAAUCAGGAAGUAGUCUCAGGUAAACUUAAAUUUCUGUGUGUGCUACUUUGCACCAGUGAAGUAGUCACUUUGAUUCAAUGACACCCUAACAGAGUUACAGGUGUUUUCAUUUUUUGGUGAAAACACUAGGAGGGCUAUUGGAAAGAUUAGCAAGUGUUAAGGACUGAAUAAUGAUACUGGUUAGUUACAGGUUUUGUUAGUGUUUGAACAAUGUGUAAAGCAUGUGGUGGGAAUUUUUUGUUAGUUUUUUAGUGGGGAAAAGGGAACUGGUUUCUGAAAGAAUAUAGGAGCUUCAUUAUGGAAGACUUUGUGCUGUCCAGAUUUGGAAGAAGGUGAAAGUGUCUGAGAUUGUGUCCCAGAAGCUGUUCUGUGGAACCCUCUGCUAGCAAUGCUUCUUCUUGUGCAUCAAGGGAAGCAAUGGGACAGUUGUGUUGCAGGAGGAGAGCCACUGAGACUUGGCUGCCACUUCCACCUUGGGCUGGGUUGCACUGCCUUGUUAUGGCCACCAGUGUGUCUGCCUGAUGGCUCAGUCAGAAAUGACUGAUUUAUUUUGUUUGUUCUAGCCCUUACCCCAGUAAGUCAUGCAUAGCUGCUCCUUUCUGGACCAGUGGUUACCAUAGGAAUCACAAAUGCAGUCUGGUUGGUUUUUCUUGCACAUGGACGCUCCAGGGGUCAGGCAGUCUGGUUGAUGUUAGUCAUUUGCAUGAUAAUUUUCUGUCCUUUUCUCCCCAGACAUUCAUUCUUGUGUUUUUUAAUGUAUGGUAAGAGAUAACAGGGAGAGAGAUGAUGAAGGCAGCAAGCUGAACUAGUCCAGUGCCUCUUUAAUGAGGCAUGCUUCAGUUUUUGGGACUCUAUGGACAGAUUGGAUGCAAUAGUCUCUUCUGGAUUAGAAAGUUUUGUUUAUAAAAACUCCACAAGGUAUGUGUAGUGGGAAUGCAGAGCAUGUUCCUUUGCAGAACUGGGGCAUUGGAGUCAUAGGGCAUGCAGGAGUCUUUGGAACAAAAUAUAAGACAAAAGCUUUUUAUAUUAUUUCUCUGUAAUGAAAUGGACAGCCCUGUGAAUGUGUUAGUAUCUCUAUGUGUGAUACUAACAAAAAACAGUGUAAACAUCUUCCAACAGCAGUCCAAAGUAACAGUGUCAGAGUGUAUAUGAGUCUUAAGUUUACAGGGCUGUGCUAAUCAGUGAUGCUGAGUAAUAAGGUGAUUAGAAUGUGGCAUGUUGAUGUUGCUGCUGUAGAAAAACACAUCAAGCCAAAAUUUGUGCCAGAUGGAAAAACCAUGGUUUCGCUAAAGAAGUCACAAAUCUUCUGAAAUAAUUUAAUGAAUAAUGUGUUAAGAAUACAAAAUGAAGACUGUAGGACAACUGUAAGUAUCAAGUGUGAUAUUUCAUUACAUUUUAAAUCUCAUUUGGUUGGACCAGUAACUGCUUCCACUUAAGUUUGGUGUUUGCACAAUUAUUUUUGUUUCUGUAGGAUUGUGCAUCUCUAAGUAUAGUUCAGUGUGUCUGGGGGGGUUUCAAAUAUUUUCAUCCUUGAACCUUUUGAUUAAGCAUUACUUACUGCUAUAUAAAUAAGGAAAUAAUGAUAACAUUAAACAAUCAUUUAUUCAGUCCAUUACACGUUUUAAAAAAAGUUGAAAUGCAUCAAUAAAGUUUAGCAUCUAUUUUGGUAGCUAAUUUUGGUGUUAUGUGUUGAAGUGUGAAAGGAUUGCUCAUAUAUCAGUAAAUAUUGCAAGUUGGAGCAGAGCCAGCUUUGGGAGGUUCAUACUGAGUUUUAAUACAACAGACUCUUUAGAAAAAAUUACAGUUUUUUGUGUAAAUACAUUAAUUACAGGUGUUUAUUGUAGUCUUAUUCCUGGUUCUUUACUGGUUGAAUGUAAAAAAUAUUUUGCAGUGCUCUUAUGUGACACAGUGGAUCUGAAAUAAAUAGUAAAGGAAAAAUACAUGGAUUCUAAGUAUUUAAUGUCAUAAUUUCAUUUUAUGCUGCUACAGCAGCAUAAAGAAUAUUUCACCAGAUUUCUCUAGGCUUGUGUUCCCUGACACCAUUGUGAUUUAGAGGAGCUUAGAAAUACUAAAUGUACACCUACCACAUCAUACCACAUUGCUUCUGUUGUAAGAAUGUUUUCCCUGCAACUCAGGUGAUUUAAUACUUCAGAAUUGAUGUGACUUCUAUGGUACAUACUGAAGUUUCACAGCAGCAUAAACUCACAUCUGUGAUAAAUAAGGGAGCUGUUAAAAAAGCUUUCAUUAAAUCAAAUUAUUGUCCUUCUAUUCUUUGUAAUAGUCAAGUGGUCAGAAAAUACUUACUAGGUGGAUGGUGCAUUCAUUCUGAGAUGCCUUUAAAAUUGUUAUUAUACAGUUACAUUUCCUGGAGUUGUUGCUGCAAUGAGGGAAACUCCUAGUAAGAUUUUUUUAAGCUUAGUUUUGACUGAGGCUCUCAUAUUGCUAAGACAAAACAAGUAACACUGGCUGAACUGGUCUGUCUUACUCAGAGAGGCCAGCAGCCUGCAUAGAUUUAAAAUUAGUGUUCCACUGCAAGUAUUUCAACACAUACAUACUACCAGUGCUUUUGUUUGGAAGGGGUAGGGUUGUUUCUUCUGUGUAAAAUAAAGCUUCUAGAGCAGGAAACCCCAGGGAGUGCAAAGAGAUUGUGGUGACUUCUUAGGGAGUGUGAGACAAGCUUGCACAUACUAUUUCCUCUUAACACAGGCAUGCAGCCCCAGGAUGUGCUGUCCUUGCAGACCAGCAGGCACAGGACAGAGAAUUGGCUAGAGGUGCUUAAUAGCUCACCCUGACAAUAUCUGACAGCAGUUGAAAAGCUAGAACAUUCUUUUUACUGUUUUUAUGCUAUGUUACUUAAAAUUAGGCUGAUAGCUUUGGUGAACUAAUUCUUAACUCAGAAGUUUAUGUG